AUGGUGGUUGGGAGCAAACGGACAGCUGCAGACGCGGGUCUCUCCCCAGCGGGCUCGAAACCUGGGCAGCCUCAUCAGAACGCCAACGAUCUGUCCACGAGGCACUCGCCUCAGGCAAACCAUCCACGAUCUCUCGAGAUGCAGAAAGGAUCCGGGCAAGGCAAUAACUUGCAACCCGGACGCAAAGGUGAGGAUCAAGGGGAAUGGUCAGUGGCCGAAUCCAAGUCGUCACGAAAGAAGAGGCGUAAGAUCGAGCAAGACCAAGACCCGAAAAGUGAACCUAGCAUUGCUUUCCUUGACACCAAGCCUGCCAGAGUACAGCUUAAAGCGUUGCAAGAUCUUGUUCUGUAUGUUUUGGCCGAUGGGGUCGCACCGACGUGGCUGGCGGUGAAGAACGUCCGCCAAAUCGAGAAAGUCGUUGUCUUGAUGAUCCCUGGUCUAGACCGAGACUUGAUAGAAAAGUCCGACAUAUUAACCAAACCUACAAAUGAUGGGGGUAGUCACUCCGGAGCUGCAGGCGACCUGAACCCUAAAGUUGCAUUGAAUGGCCAGGACAGCACAGCAGAGGACAGUACCGGGCCAUCGACCACCUGCCCUCCAUCAGAAGAGACCAAUUCACCAGCGACAGGAGGAACCCCUUCACAACACGAAUUAACGCGCCGUCUACUCCAACAUGUCUUCGAAGUCAAGGCGCCCGGCGACUCUCGGGCGAACAGAGUGCACUCCCCUCUCCAAGGGAUGCUGAUCGCACCGCUGCGCGAAAAGGAUAAAUCAGAGGGCACAUACACCAACAAAUAUGAGAAGUACUUCCAGUCCAACCGGACUUCAAUAUCCGCCUUUGUUCACUCGGCCGAGGAGCUUCGAGAAGCCGAAUAUCCCGUCCAUCAAGCAGCAUUCACCGACCCCAAGGACGCGCAGCUCGAGAAAACAAGGAGAAAGCAGACAUUUCAAUCAAGCUCGGCGGGAUGGGUUGACACUGAUGUCUCGGUGUCGGAACCGAGCACAAACAGCAACACCUCUUCGCGAUCCGACGAUGACGCACUUACCCAAGGUCUCAAACCGUAUGCUGUUGACUGUGAAAUGGUGCUGACUGAAGACGACAAACACUCGUUGGCCCGCAUAUCGGUGGUGGACUGGCACGGCAAAACUGUCAUGGACAAGUACGUCAAGCCGGCCCUACCGAUCAAAAAUUACUUCACGCAGUACUCGGGCAUCACGCCGCAGCAUCUCGAAAACGUGACCACCACGCUUGAAGACAUCCAGAAGGAUCUAUUGGGGUUUCUCGGCAAGGAUUCAAUCCUGCUGGGACACUCGUUGGAAUCAGAUCUGAACGCCCUAAAACUGACGCACCCUUUCAUUGUCGACACGAGCAUCAUCUACCCGCACCCGCGAGGCCUGCCGCUACGGUCGUCCCUGAAGUUCUUGGCCAAUAAGUAUUUGAAACGUGAGAUCCAGAAGGCGGGCGCUGAUGGGCACGAUUCAGUCGAGGACGCCCGUGCGGUGCUCGAUCUCGUACGGCUGAAGUGUGAAAGGGGCCCGAAAUGGGGCACGCAGGAUGCCAAUGGUGAGAGCAUCUUCCGCCGAAUUGGUCGGUGUGUGCGUCCCGACGGGUCUGGGAAGUUGAGGCAGACGGCUAUUGUCGAGUACGGCACGCCUGAGAGAGGAUUUGGCAAGGACGCCACGUACAAGAUUGCUUGUAAUAGCGACGAUGAGAUUGUCCAAGGGAUCCUGCGUGCCGCCCACGGAGACGGAGUCGGGGACGGUACACUAGAGGUCAACGAAGAUGGAAAUGAUUCUCAACAGAAUCAGAAUACCGAUAUUGCCACAACAACGGCUCAGGAUCACAACGAAAUCAAGACCAGUACCACCACCGAUAAACCUUGCCAAGCAGCUCCAAAAAUCCCACCUGGUGGCGUCGACUUCAUCUGGGGCCGCUUCCGUGACCUCGAAGCCGUUCGAGGCUGGAACACCCCUCCGGCUCCGCCGGCACUUGACUCGAAGGACAACCAAAACGACAACAAGAACACAAACGACAUCUCUCACCACGAUGAGGCACCAACAACAACCACAAAUGAAGCUGACACCGGCACCAGCAUCGGCACUGGUGACAAAGACAAAGAGAAUUCAACCUCAACCUCGACUCCAACGUCGAGUGAUUCCGAUCCCCUGCACGUCGCCGCAACUAACACCCUCACCCGCCUUCGCAACUUAUUCGCCUACCUCCCACCACGCACUCUCCUCGUCGUCUACAGCGGCACCGCGGACAUGCGGCCCGUACUGGAAAUGCAGCAGCUACAUGCACAGUAUCGGCGCGAAUUCAAGGUGAAGAAAUGGGACGAGUUGAGCGUGCAGUGGACGGACGUGGAGGAGCAGAAGUUGCGGGGCGCGGUGGAACGGGCGAGAAGGGGGGUGGGCAUUCUUGCGAUUCGAUGA